CCGCUGCCCCGCCUUCUCCAUAUUACAGCAUGGAGGAUAGAAUGUAAAAAAAAGAAACACACUAGCUACUGUGAAGGGAGUAAGGAGGGUGGUCUUCUAAUUUACCCCGGCGUGGAAAAAAGAUCACAACGAAAGUGAUGCACGAUGCCCAUAGUGGACAAACUAAAAGAGGCUCUGAAGCCGGGUCGGAAGGACUCUGCUGACGACGGCGAUCUCAACAAGCUCCUAGCGUCCUCCGCAAAGAAAGUGCUGCUGCAGAAGAUAGAGUUUGAGCCUGCCAGCAAAGGCUUCUCCUACCAGCUAGAGGCACUCAAGAGCAAGUAUGUCAUCCUCAACCCCAAAUCUGAGGGAGCAACGGGACAGAGGCCCACAGAUCUGAUCCAGAUCAAAAAACAAGUCUCAGAGAAUGCGAGUGGGGGGGACAGCGAUGGCAUUCCUGCCCCUCACAAGGUGCUGUUCCCGGGGAACAGGCUGUCCAUGAAGUGGGAGCGAGUUUAUCGGGUUGGAGCCGGCCUCCACAACCUGGGUAACACCUGCUUCCUCAACUCCACUGUGCAGUGUCUUACCUACACCCCACCACUAGCCAACUACCUCCUGUCCAAGGAGCACAGCAGAGCAUGUCACCAGUCUGGGUUUUGUAUGAUGUGCAUUAUGCAAAACCACUUAAUCCAGGCUUUCGCCAACACUGGCAACGCCAUCAAACCAGUCUCCUUCAUCAGAGACCUGAAAAAAAUUGCCAGACAUUUCCGCUUCGGGAGUCAGGAGGAUGCACAUGAGUUCCUGCGCUACACCAUUGAUGCUAUGCAGAAAGCCUGCCUUAACGGUUACACCAAGUUAGACAGACAAACACAGGCUACCACUUUAGUCCAUCAGAUAUUUGGAGGUUAUCUCAGGUCAAGAGUCAAGUGUUCGGUUUGUAAAAGCGUGUCAGAUACCUACGACCCUUAUCUGGACAUAGCGGUUGAGAUCCGGCAAGCUCCAAACAUUGUCAGAGCUCUCGAGAUGUUUGUGAAGCCAGAUGUCCUGAUUGGAGAGAACGCCUAUAUGUGUGCAAAGUGCAAGAAAAAAGUGCCAGCGUCCAAGCGGUUUACGGUUCAUCGGCCGUCCAACGUCUUGACCCUGUCUCUCAAGAGGUUUGCGAACUUCAGCGGAGGCAAGAUCACCAAGGAUGUUGGUUACCCCGAAUUCUUGAAUAUCCGCCCAUACAUGUCCCAGAGCUCCGGGGACCCUGUUAUGUAUGGACUGUACGCUGUUCUGGUGCAUUCUGGGUACAGCUGCCAUGCUGGUCACUACUACUGCUAUGUUAAGGCCAGCAGUGGACAGUGGUACCAGAUGAAUGAUUCUGUGGUGCAUGCCAGCAAUAUCAAAGUUGUUCUCAACCAGCAGGCCUACGUUCUGUUUUAUCUAAGAAUCCCAGAUUCAAAGAAGAGCUUGGAUGGUCUCGGGUCUAAGCAGAGCUCAAUCCAGUCUAGUAGGAACAGCAUGACACCAGAACUAACAAAGAAAUCCCCUCUUAAUGGAACUCUUUCUUCACCGCAAGUAGGGAAGAAACUGGAGUCCCCGCAGAUGAGGAAGAUCCAGGUUGCUAAUGGAGUUGGUAUUCCGGUCCCCCGAAACGGCACCAGCCAGUCCCCGAAGCUCUCGCAGGGCUCCCAGUCCCCCAGGACCCCCUCCAAGCCCUCCAACACCCCUGCUGUGAUCGACGAGACGAUGAAAAAGGUGAAGAAGCCAUCGCCGCCACUUCAGGCACGGGGCAGUCACGGGCCGGUUGUUAAUGGUACCGGUGGAGGCAGGCCUGAGAGUGACAAACGAUACAGGCCUGAGAGCCGGAGCCUGGCCAUGUCUACCUCAAUGAAAUCACUGUCGGAGGCAACUGCAGAGGGGCAGAUACAGAAGGAUUCGGACCCUGGUGAAUCCCACCUCAAGUUGAUGGGGAGCCCUCGUAGCAUUCACAACGGAGACACCCCCACAAGGAGCUGUUUAAACGGAUUUCAGUCGCCCAGUCGAGGGACACCACCCCACGCUGCCACCAACGGCAAGUUAGCUGAUCCGAGAGGUACAGAGGAGCAGAAGAUGGUAAAGUUAAAACCCCAGGCCCUGAUGAACGUCUCCUCCGAACCCACCAACACCAUGUCGCCCCCGCCUGCCAAGAAGCUGGCACUCUCAGCUAAGAAGGCGGCCUGUUCCCUCCAGACACCGAGCGACAGUGAGCCUCAGUUCCCUCCACGCCAUCCGUCCAGCAAUCCCCAUCAUCCAGUGAAACACCAACACCUCACCUCCUCAUCGCCAGCACACAAAAACAGGGUUCUCCCAUCCCAUUCUCCCAAAUUGCAGACUCCAUCUAAAUUAGGAUUAGGCUCCACAUGUAGUAAUAGUAGAAGCCCCAAGAAAUGGUCAGUUUCCUCUGAAUCUGAUUCACUGAACUCACAGCUGCCCUCUUCCUCUCACCUCAACGGAUUUGCUGCCAGAGCUAUGGUGCUCCACAGCCCAUCUGGCCCUGACUCCAAGGCACCAGUCGAACCCGGGACUGGUUCAGAAACUCUUCCCUCUGGUACCUUGGUGCCUGAAUCCAGGCUUAACCUCAAAAGAAAAAAGAAGAAACAUAAACACAAAUCAGAGGGAGUGGGAGAGGAGUGCCCUCCACCAGAGCCUGAGGUAUCUGCAGAGGCCAGCUGCGAGGAAGCGACAGAGGUCCCUCACAAAGAGGAGAAGAAGAAAAAGAAGAAAAAGAGGAAGAGGAGGGACGAGGAGGAGGGGGAAACGGACCCUCCCAGGGCAAGCGUGCACACUCACCUGGAGGAGAAGCAAGAGGAAGUGGACUGGAGUCUCGCCGGGGCCUGGAGCAUCACUGCGUCCACACAGCACAGUGAGAAAGGUGAGCGCAAACACACGGUCAGGCAGGGCGACACUUCAGGAGAAUCUGCCUUGCACAGUCCUGGAGGAGAAGAGGAAACGGCGGUGCGAGUCAAAAAGAAGAAAAAGAAGCAAAGGGAGAAACACAGAGAGACAUUUGUAGAAGAAACGGUUCCAGAGCCUGUGUUGGAAAGUUUAACACUGGAGGAACAACAGCCAGCGAUGAACACAGAUGAACUGACAGAAUCAAAAAAGAAGAAAAAGCACAAAAAAGAAAGGGAGGAAAAAAAAAAGGAAAAGAGAAGAAGGAAUGUAAGUGAAGAGGAAGAUGCUGGUUUCGAUCCCAUUCCAGUGGAGCACAAGGUUAACGGGGAAAGAGACAGAGAAGCCAAACAAGCUGCAGUGUUCGUUUGGGACAGCCAGGUUCAGGAUGGUUAUAAACGUACAGUGAACGCUCCCACGUCGGAGAGCACUUGCCCGGGUCCAAAGCCUUCCAGUCUUGCCUGGGAUGGCAAAAAAGCGUCCAGUGUGGUGGAUGAGCUUCUUAAACACUCCAUGGAUAAGGCAUAUGGAACAGAAGUCCUGACUUGGGAGGGGGCUGUCUCUGCUGUCAGCCAGGAUGCUAUUGAGGAUGCUAGAUUUGCUAAAAAUGACACUGUGAUUGAUGAAUGGGACGAGGAUUUUGACACCGGAAAGGUUAAGAAAAUUAAAUUUAAAAAGGAGAAAAAGAGAAACUUCAACGUCUUCCAGAAAAUGCAGACCCAUCGUAAUUUCUGGUCGGCCACCCAUCCGGGGAAGUUUGCCAGCCUCGGCUACCGAUACUGAACUGGGAGGUUCGAGUAAAACAUAUACAUUUUAGGAAUAUGGAAUUAAUGAAGGGGUCAUACAGGGAUUUGGCAACGGGCAGCUGUAGAAGAUUUUGAGUCUCCUCCGUGCGAUGCAGUGAAUGUGAAGAUCAAACAUCAUCAUCCUCAUCAUCCUCCUCCUCCUCCUCCUUGUCUAAUGCUGUCUGAAGGCCUGAAGCUUCACUGAACCAAAGGACAGUACUGAACUGUAACUCACUGCGUAGCCUCUGGCAUGCCAGCCAGGCACUGCUGUGAAACGGUGUAUACAAACUGCUAGGUGCAGGGGUUCAUUUUUGAUUAAAUUCUAUUUUUGACUCUUGGUCUAUUUAGUAGAAUGCAUACUAAGUACAAAACCACUUCUUUACUAUUCUCUUAUCUUUUAUAUUGAAGAAUAUAUGGACACAGUAGUGGUUCAGUGGUAAAGCCGUAAUGUUUUAGUGGCUUGUGCUAAAUAACUAUAAUAAUUAUAAAUGUAUAUAUUUGGUUUUCAUAGUCCUUGACAAUUUGUACUUAAUAUGUAUACAACUUUAUAGAGGGUGUGGGUGUUGUGAGUUUAGUUGCCCAUUUUAAAAAACGAAUACAAUAUUAUAGUUAAUACUGAAAAUCUGGUAUAAUUGUUGGUAUUGAGAAAGGGGGGUGUUCCUCUCAAUAUCAAUCUCACUCGGUUUCUCCUUCUCUCUACCUGCUAUUGUAGAAACAGAUAAAGCAGCAUUGUGGUUUUCGAAGGGACUAACAUUUAGACAGAGGUGCAAAGCAACAUAAUGUUCAGAAUGCACAACAAAGGUGUUCUGAUGAGACAAGCCGUGGAGGAGCUUAUUAUCCCCGCAGUAAAUGAAUUGAUCUGGUGGAUGAAAACAAAAGAAUUCAAAACAAUGUGUUUUAAAAGGACAGCCAUGCCUUCUACACCAGUGACAAGUAGACUGAGUUUCUUCAAACUCAAGGGGGGUUCUCCUACUUGACUAUAUUUGAUGGCAGGCAUAUACACACACACACACACACACACACACAUAUCCACGCUGUCUCAAUCUGUAUUUCAGACCAGAUUUUAUUUUAAUAGUAGUACCAGGAUUGAUUGAUCAAAUCACCUCCAGGGCUGCUAUUUAUUUUAUUUUUAUAUUGUGACCAAUGAAAUAUAAAGGUCGAUUGUUUUUGAUUGGGUAAAAUGUAGAUCUUAAGUAACCUUUUAAGCUAUUAAUCAAAUAUUUUAGACCAGACCAGAGUUGAAGAUUAAGAGAAACAAUCUCUCUGGCCCACACCAGUGUUCCACAUUAUAAAUAGAAAAUGGAACGGGAAUACUUUUGAACAAGUCUUUUCAGUGCUGGUUAGAACUGCUCUCGGUAAAGCUUGCCCAGAACUAGGUUGUACUACUAGUCUGCUGUGUAUUUAAACUAACAUGAAAAAAGAAAGUAGCUAAUGAUAUUAAUAAAACUCUCUGCUCUGGUGUUUUAAAAAAUGAACUCAGAAUAACAAGAAGCGGUUUAUAAACACAAACAUAGUUCCUGACAGAAGAAAAAAGAAUGGGAUUCAGCAUGCCGAAACCCAAAUGUAGAAGAGUUGCAGGGCUCUGUUUGUAUCCGAUAGAAUGGGUUUCUCUGGGAGACUGCUAAAUACUCGCACCGGGGUUACCUUAUAUUCAGUAGGCUGGCAGGCAGUAGAAGUGGCAUACAUUGCACAUAGUUCCACCCGUUUCAUAAGCUGUGUCUAUCCACUCUGCACUCUUUUCAGUGGUAUUCAGUAAUAACAAAAAUAAACCUCUGAAACUGGUUUCAUUUUAAUAACCAGGUUUCUAUUUACAGGUAAAAUUGCUCAAAUAUCUUAUGAGAUUUGUGGUGUGUGUGUGUUUUUUUUUUUUUUUUUUUUUUUUUUUUUUUUUUUUCCCAAGUUGUGGACAGACCAGAGUAGGUAGAUAAAAUGUGCAUAUCUGAUGGCCGUGGUCUGAAAUACAAACCUAGUACAAUACAAUCCAGCUUGAGACUUGAGUGCAGUAUGCAGUGGGCACUGCCGAGUGUAGCGGUGUGCCUCACUUUACCCUACCACCACCUGAUUGGUGCUGGGUUGCAGAGCUGAGACUAAGCACACAGCCGGCCAUAAUGUCACACAGCGUGUGAAUCCUCUUUUAUAGCUCUACAUACGUGUUUUUAAAACGGCAUGAUUUUUGUGACUGCUGUGUGUUUUUCCUUUUUUAUUUUGGUGUUACUUUUCAUUUUUACAUUGAUGUAUCUCACCAAGAUCUACCUCCACUGCUUGUGGUUAAUCUGGUAUUUGCAGUUCAAGCCCCUUGACUUGAUUUAUUUAUUGAAUUGCCAGGUUCAGUCUGUCAAGGGCAGCUGCGUUUUGUCUUCAUUUGUUUCACAUUGUGCUCCCUUUUCCCCCUCUCUGUGAGAACGCUGUUGCUAUAUAAACAUAUCGAUUUGGAUUUUUGUCCAAUUAAAAAAAAAAAAAAAAAGCAAAACAAAAAACAAUUAAAUGAAAGGGAAGUUGCCUUUGCAGUGCUUAACUGUUUGCUCCUUUCAAACUGCCCACACCCAGAACAAACCUGCGAUUGUAUUCUGCUGUAUAAAAUUAUGUAGUGCUCUGCAGUUUGACAUCCCAGUAGUUUAUCUUCAUAGUGCAGUGUGGUCCUAUUCAUCCACUGCUGGUAUAUAGUGAGAUCCUGUCUUAAGGAAGUGUAUAUGUAUGUAUAUGUGUGUGUGUGUAUGUAUGUAUGUAUGUAUGUAUAUAUAUAUAUAUAUAUAUAUAUAUAUAUAUAUAUAUAUAUAUAUAUAUAUAUAUAUAUCCUCACCUCUACUUUCUAUGCAAAUUCAGUGUCUGACCAUCAAACAGGUUACCCCUAAAGCAGCGGGCACCUCAGGAAAACGCUUCAUUGUUGAUUUUACAUUUUUAGUCUCUUCAUAGGCUUCCAGAAAUUCUACCGUUUUCUACCUGUAAAGAAAAAAAGGAUGAGUGGGGUCAUAUACUGUGUCAUUUAGAUCACUUUCUAUUCCAUAGUCAUUUAAAUAACCAAUAUGUAAACAUAUAAAUACCUAUAAUAUUAUAUAUAUAUAUAUAUAUAUAUAUAUAUAUAUAUAUA